AUGAGCCAGCAGCUGCAGGAGCCGUCCGAUGAGGACGCGUUGAAUGCAGUCAAACGCUUGUGGGAUGUGCAGCACACGCUCCGCGACAACUUGGAGAGCGGAUAUGUUCCCCCACUUUUCAUCCACGAACAGGUCAAUGUGUUGCAAGAACACUGCGGACAGGUUGGGCAACUCUUUUCCCAUGACGACAUUCGCACGGCUGCUGCCCUCUCCAGUGAGCUGUACAGCCCGAGUGCGUUGGAGGAGGAGGGCUUGCUGGCGACACUUCGCGGCGUAUUGGAGCUUCACGAAGAUGCAAGUGUGGAGGGCGCCGUGCUGAGGAGCUCACGCCUACCAUGUGGGUGGCUGUGCUGUCCCGACCCAGCUGGGGUCCGCAAAGACAAAACCCUGUUCAUUGGCUGGCGCGGAAGCCAGGAUCUUAAGGAUCUCUUCACCAAUUUGGAUUGGCGCCCAGUCCCGGGCCUAGACCGGACUAGUGUCUCGGUGCACUCGGGCCUUUGGAGCAUGUUUGAUGACAUGAAGCGGGAAUUCUGCGACGUUGAACCGAGCAGAAUCGUCCUGUGUGGUCACUCCUUGGGUGGUGCCGUGGCCGCGGUGGCGCAUCUCGCGAUGGUGGCCGCGCCGCCCCAAGGCACGAGGUGGGCGUGGUGGCACAUGCGGUCGCAGCCAGUCGCGCUUCACGCUCUCACCUUCGGAGCCCCAAGUGCCUUCAUUUUCCACGAGAACCCAGAGGCGCUUCAGAUUCGCCAGAAGGUCACCAACUCAGCUGCGAACUUGUUCUUCGAGUGGGAUGUGGUGCCCCGGUUGCCAGCGUGCCAAGAGUUUGCAGUGGCAGCCGUGCGCGCGUGUAUGUUCAAGGAGGUGAAACAGCUGUCUGUGCGCAAGAGGCUGUACCUCAGCGUGGGGGGCCUUCCCGAUAAGCUCUUGGCCUUGCUUCAACACACGCUGGCAUCAGAGCCUGACAUGCAGAAGUACACCCACGCCAGCCGUCUCAUCAUGUGCCAGGCAGCUCAGCUUGAGGUCUGCAGGUGGAAACAAACCGGGGGCUGGUGGGAAUGGCGCGAGCUGGACGAUGCGGGGCUCCGAGGCUUGUCCUUUCCAGAUCAGCCGGACCAGGCCCUGAACAUCUCCCUGAAGGACCACCUCCUGUUGCCCUUCCGGUACUUGCCCGACUGGCGGCGUGACCACUGCAGCGCCUGCUUUGCCUGCGUCACGGAGCGCGGGUUUGUGGACUGCUACGGCUGCCAGCAGAGCACCUGCGGCCAGUGCUUCAACGCGAGCGCCCGGAGCCAGGCCCAGCACUUGGACCCCAACAGCGUCGCUGACAACUUCCCGCUGCACAAGCACAAGGCCCGCAGCUGCGAGCUCUUCUCGGCUUGCUUCGCCUCGCUGCCCUCGACCCCUCGGUACCUGAAUCUGGCUGAGCUCAGGGAGGAGACGCUGAAGACCCAGCGGCUGGCCAUCUCGAGCAUCUCGCACGCCUGGAACUUGUGGACUGCUUUGUUCGCUUGGGAGCCAGCCGUGCUGUCCGGAUGCCAAGAGUACCAGCGCCUCCAGCUAUGUACGGAUUGGGCGUCCAGCGUGGCCGAGGCCGUGGCGCACAAGAAAGGCACUCCCGGCACGAUUGUCACCUGGGAUCCCUCCGCCACGGAUCUGUGCCGUCGGGUUCUCAAGCGAGAGCAGGUGCCUGAUGUUGCCGCGGCGCUUCAAGAAGCGCACGCGAAGUCCCAGACGAAAUUGGCUUCUUUCAUGGAGGAGUGUACUCCGGCAAUCAAUCAGACCCUUCUGGCUGCAAGAACGCCGCACCAGCUGGCGACCUACUACGUAAAGGCCACCCUCGCUUGGAAUUGCUUCUUUGCCGCUGGGGAGUGCCUCUAUGCGGCCUACCUGUCCUGGGGCGAUGGGAACAUGGACUGGCUAAGGUGA